AUGGCACGCUAUUGGCCUAGAAAUCCAAUUGCGCCAAAUAACGACCCUUUGCUGGAAUAUCAAGUGGUUAGUUUUGCUGGGUUUUCAUAGAAAGAUUAUUUUAUGAACAUUCCCUACUUGUGUUAUUCUGAAUGCUUUAAAAAGAAAAAAAAAUGUCAUUUUCCUUUAUAAAAUAUUCAAUACAUCAAAAUUUCUGUAAUUAUUCUAAAAACGAAAAAGUUCAGUUUAACAAAUAACCUAGAAUUAUCUAAUUUCAGCAAGUCCGAUUACGUUGGAGAGAUGCUGCAAUUGGACUCAUUCGACAAUAUCAAGAAACAGAGUUGUUUGCUAAUCGUCAUAAAAAACGAGUUAUAGACGAACUUGAAACCAUUUUCAAUCGCGUCGUCGCUUUGAAAACAAACCGUGGUUUUUUGGUGAGUUUUUUUCUUAUUUAUUUUAUUCUGAAACUGAAAAUGAAACGUUGAAAAUAUACUGAACUUUGUUUGCAGGACAUUUACAACUAUGUUUUCCACACUUUGCAAUGUAUCAUCAAUCUUUUGGAAAACGAACGUGAGAUCAAAAGAAAAUUAUUGGCAACUCCGCCUGCUGCAUGA